UUUGAGCUGGUUCUAGUAGUGGUCGAACGUUAAUGUUAAGUUACAGACGCUCUGGAGCUGGAGGUGUAAGCUGAGGUGUAUUCUACGUCUGACCCACAUUUUAUUUCGUGAACUGUGAAACGCUGCGUUAUUCUUUUAUCUCUAUCGUACAAGCGUAGCAACAAUGGGAAGGAAAACUAAAUCUACCGGUGCAGAUGACAGCACAGAGCCUAUAAGGAGAAAGUCACGGCGGUUGGAAAACAAGGAGACGCAGCCAGAAGCACAGCCAGAGAAGACAAAGGCACCUCCCAAGACCAAAAAGGUAGCCAAACAGCCUGCCAAGGCCAAGGCAGAGGAGAAGAAAAAAGAACCUGAGGUUGAGAAAGAAGAAGUUUCUGCAGAAAAUGGGGAAGCAAAAGCUGAGAAGGAGGCUGCAGCAGCAGAUGAAGCUGAGGAAAAGGAGGACAAGGCUGAGGAGGAAGAUAAAGAAGCAGAGUAGUAGUGACAUCCCUAGACUCACUUGUCAGGGCUCUCUGUACCUUGUUUCUUGUACAAUGCAGAUAAUAUUUUUAUCUACUAUUUUCAUAAGACAGUAAUGUUUUUAGGCACGCUGUUGCAGAAAUGCUUUUUUUUUUUUUUUUAAAUACUAUAAAUUCCAUUCAGUUUCUUUUUCGGCUUCUCAGUUAUUGUGAUGGGUUUUUGGGGGGGGGGGGGUGUCUCUCAUUGUACUUGUUUUUUCUCUUGUCUCGCUGGCAUUUUUUUUUUUCAUGUAGGUUGUAGAUUUCUGCAUGACAUGAAGUCAUACCUAUAUCAGGAAUUUGAUGUUCAACUCUGGGAGAGUUUACCUGAAACAUUCCCGAGGCGUUUUGAGGGAUUUUGUAACCUGUACUGUUUGGAAUUUAAUACAUUGUAUACUGUGUGUUUAAUAGGGAACAGGAUGAUUGAAAGUGUGAGAGCUAGGUUCUAUGCUAAGAAGUCUGGUUCACAACGUUCACUUGAAUCAUGUUCACUAGUACUGGACUUGGUUGGGGUUUUUUAUGCUGUCAAUGAUGGUACAUUUGAGGAGGGUUAGACUAAUUCAUACUCUGUUGUGCUUAAAACAAAUGCAUUACAUAGCUUGUCAUACUUGUCAUGGUUUAUCCUUUAAGGAUUACUGUAUUUUCACCUCAGUCAACAAAAUGUAUAUGCCACAUAUUUGUGGAAAUAUCCAUUCGGGUUUGGGGAUUUCUCUACCAAUGUACAGUUUCUUCAUAUUUUUUUUUAAAAAAAGAAAAGGAAAAAAAAGUUGUUAUGAAUGGUAAAUGCCAAUUAAAGUGAGAAUUUCUCUGAAGUGUC